UGGUGUUGUUUUCUAGCAUCCAUGAGCCUAAGCUUGGAGCCCAGCCACUGAACAUCCUGUUUUCACUGAACUUGUCUCUUUCUCUAGGCUUCUUCUCCUCUCCUCUGGUCACAAAGCUACUGCAAUAACUCCAAGGCUUGCUAGAGAUUAACAGAAGCCAAUCAGAACGCGAACCCACCACUUGACACCUGAAGGAUGGAUGGCUCAAAAGAGAAGAUCAUCCUGAAUGUUGGAGGAAUCAGACAUGAGACAUACUGCAGCACCCUCCGGACCUUCCCAGGGACCAAGCUCUGCAACCUCACAGAGCCCAAUGCCAGCACACUGUAUGAUUAUAACCCUACCACCAAAGAAUUCUUCUUUGACAGGAGUGCUCAGCUCUUUGGCUAUGUGUUGAGCUAUUACAGGACCAAACACCUCCAUUGUCCUGUAGACACCUGCAGAUCAAUCUUAGAGGAAGAGCUGGCUUUCUGGGAGAUAAGUGAUGCACAGCUGGCCCCCUGCUGUUGGCUGAAGCUGACCAACAAAGACAGCCAGCCGGAGGAAUUUAAUGUUUGGGAUGAGAACGAACAUGCUGAUGACCAGUGCCUCAUAGUCCAAGUGGAAAGAAGGGAUUUCAGCUGGAGGGCCAGGUGGCAGCCAAAGAUCUGGUCUAUCUUUGAAAAGCCCUUUUCCUCUUUAAGUGCCAAGUGCCUGGCUAUUAUUUCUCUGCUGUUCAUCAUUGGAAUCGUCAUCAUAUUCUGUGAGGAGACUAAGGCCCAGUACGAGUACUCUGCUGCUAACUUGACCGUUUUCGGCCAUUCCGAAGUAAUGCACAGCAUCCAUGAGCCUUAUUAUCACCAGGCCCCUUACCUGCUCCACCUGGAGCUGUUCUGUGUCCUCUGGUUCACUUUUGAGUUUUCCAUGCGAUUUUUCUUCUGUCCAGACAAAAAGAAAUUCCUCAGGAAUCCUCUGAAUGUGGCUGAUUUCCUCUCCCUCUUCCCAGUUUACAUUGAACUCUUCAGCGCCGAGCAGAUUCAGAAAAUGCCUAGCCUAGCACUUUGGCUGGGGUUUGUCCGCGUAGUCUACCUCCUCAAACUCCUGAAGAUAUUCAAGCUAAUAGAGACCCCUCUGAUCCUGAGAGUCCUAUCCUACACGCUCAAGUCCAUCAUCCAAGAGAUCUGCUUCCUGCUGAUCAUCCUGGCCUUUGAAACCCUCUUCUUUGGUUCUCUCUUUUUCUAUAGCGAGUUGCUGGGUAUUCAUUCUUCUUACCGGGCAGAUUUGCACUUCACAGACAUUAACAUUUGCUUCUGGUGGGCUCUGAUCACGCUAACCACUGUGGGCUAUGGCGACAUCAUCCCUCUCACCAUCUUUGGCCAGGUGAUGGCAGCCUUUGCUGCAAUAUUUGGCAUGUUAACUAUUAUCAUUCCAAUCCCCAUUUUCCUGGUCAAGUUUAAGGGCUAUUAUGCCACUGCCAUAAACAAACAGAAGCUGAAAAUGAGCAAAAAGCAAUAAUGUGAUUGAGUUCAGACCAUUGCUGCCUUGGGGCACUUCAGAAUUAAUUCCAGUGUGGUUUGUUUCCACCACUUUGUGGGAAGAGCAACUCCUAUGAAAAGUCCUUGCCACAUUCAUUAAGACUGCCUCCUUGCUCCGUUGGUAUAUUUCAAAUCAAUGUCAGGUACCCAGAUCUGAGUUAUAGCUUUCUAUUUUAGUGGCUAAUGCUCUUUAUGGCCUAUCCCUAUAUCAAACAGCACUACACUGACACUCAGCGUGACCCAACUAGCACUGAAAUCUCACCUAUCCCUUGUCAGAACAAGAUGAGAAAAUUCACUUUGGACAGUUUCAUCAACACACAAGAUUUUUUUUUUCCCACCAGCAGGAAAAAACAAUGCUGUUCACUGUGCAAAGCUAUGAUAAGUGAUUCCCAGAGAAGGCAGGGAUGAAGGGCUGCACUGAAGUAUAAACCAAGAAUCUGCAACGUGCUGAAUGCUCUCAACCCCAGUGAUGCCGGUUCAAAGUGGGGCCUAACUAGGGUGACCAGACAGCAAAUGUGAAAAAUCGGGACAGAGGGUGGGGAGAAAUAGGAGCCUAUAUAAGAAAAAGACCCCAAAAUCGGGACAUCUGGUCACCUUAGGCCUAACAGAAAAAUGUAUGAGGUGCACAUCCUGGCAACAGCCUUCUGCACACUCUCUGGGCCUGAUAAUCAGCUGGUGUAAAUCAGUGCAGCUCCACUGACUUCAAAGAAGCUGUGCUGAUUUACCCCGUCGGAGGAUAUGGGUCUGUGUGCCUCAGAGGGACAAUCACACCUCCAUUUUCAUAGAUGCCCUCUUUAUGGAGAGAAAUGUGUAGCUAAAAUCUAAGGGUCAGAUUUCGUCCCUAGCAUCUGCUCCCAGAGGGGGAUCUUCCACAUGUGAGAUCUCACGGUGCAUGGAAUUGGGAGAGUCAGCUAUCUCAAUGGCACUGGACCCCACCAAGAGGCUUUUACUGAAUCCUGGUGUUGAAGACUGCGUGGACAGUGAGGCAACCUGCAUUAGGUUGUGGCAGGCUGGGAGGAGAAGAGACAUGUAGUAGGGCUACCAUACGUCCGGAUUUUCCCGGACAUGUCCGGCUUUUUGGGCUCCAAAUCCCCGUCCGGGGGGAAAUC